AUGUCGGCAUUUCUACUAGUUAACGAACACGCAAACGCACAAGUAAUCAAAAAGAAAAAAGUAAAGAAUGCUACCCCAACAUCUUCAACCAAGUCAAUUAUAUCAGGAUCAGAUGUAAGCAGUCGUCAUAGGAAGAAAGUGUUUGAUAUCAACAAAAAUCGCUAUGUGGACACAGUUAGCUCAUUCGACAUGUCAGUAGGCGAUAUUGGAGAAGAAAGAAAUGACCUGUCACACAACAGUAGUAAUGGGAACCACCACAGUGUCUCCAACACGAAACCAUUUUUCCCACCUGAAGAGUAUACUAUAUUAAGACAUACAUAUUUUGACGAAAUCAAGAACAACAACAAUUCUUUCGAUUGCAAUAGUAUCCAAGCACUACUACUGAGCAACCAGUUUUGGAAUAACGUAUACCAAGAAAUGAAAGAUGAUAGUCUACAGUCAACUUUCGAUUACUUUCCCUUACUCCCUAACAGAGCAAUUCUUUCCCAGUUUUACCAGACCGUCAUAAACAAAAUUCUUGAAGAAAACAAUAUUGAAGCCAAUUAUGAUGAUUAUAAAAUACAACACAAUCAUCUUUACUCCCCCCGUUACAGAUUGAAAGUGCAAGAGAAACUAGCGGACACAAUGAUUAUCAAUUUGCAGAUAUUUCUACGUAGCGAACCUGAAAACAUUUUCCAACAAUGGAAGAGAUUUCUACGAUUUUUGAUUUUGGGUUUUCUACAAACUUCAGAACCAUUUUUAUCUUCGCUUAAAACAAUUAAAUCGACAGAUGCUAAAAAGCCGCAAAAGGUUUCUUUUUUCAAGAAAUUGAUAGGCUCCAAACAUUGA